GGCCGGAAACCGAGCCUUGGAGGCCUGACCCCUUUCAUUCCGUCAUGUUCAGGCCGCCGGAGACCCCGCGUGAGCCCAUGGAGUUCCUCUCUCGUUCAUGGAGCGUCUCUGCUCUCGAAGUCUCCAAGGCUCUCUCCCCUGCUCAGCUCUCGCUUGGAAAGUCCCCAAAUGGAGGUCUCAGCGGCUCCGCCGCCGGCGCUCACGGCGGUCCUAUUCUUGAAGACAUCGCCGGCGAAAUCGAAGAGAAUGCCACCGUUUCAGGAAACCCAUUCUCUUUUGCUUCCUCCGAAACUUCUCAGAUGGUGAUGGAGCGUAUUAUGUCACAGUCGGUGAGUGAGCUCACGCUUAGUGGAGCAGAGCAUCAGGAGGUAUCUCCACGCACUUCAGGCAGGCUCUCUCACAGUAGUGGCCCUCUCAACGGAACUCAGAGUUGUGGCUCCUUGACCGACAGUCCUCCUGUUUCUCCCUCGGAAAUCGACGAUGUCAAGUAUAACCGCCCCGCCAAUAACAACUUGAAUACCCAGUUCCGGCCAACCACCGUGGCUGGAAGUACUGUAGCGGUCCCCGCUGGUGGUGGGAAGACUGUCGGGAGGUGGCUAAAGGAUAGGAAGGAGAAGAAGAAGGAGGAAACCAGGGCUCAAAAUGCUCAGCUUCAUGCUGCCAUCUCUGUGGCCGGUGUUGCAGCUGCCGUCGCGGCCAUCGCUGCCGCCACGGCAGCAUCGUCCGGAGCAGGUAAAGAUGAACAGAUGGCAAAAACUGACAUGGCUGUGGCCUCGGCCGCAACGUUGGUCGCUGCUCAGUGCGUCGAGGCGGCAGAGGCCAUGGGAGCUGAGCGUGAUCACCUUGCGUCCGUGGUCGGCUCCGCUGUGAAUGUGAGAUCCGCCGGAGACAUCAUGACAUUGACUGCAGCAGCGGCUACAGCUCUACGUGGGGCAGCCACAUUGAAAGCAAGGGCCCUCAAGGAAGUUUGGAAUAUUGCAGCAGUAAUCCCUGUAGAGAAAGGUGUGGGAGCUAGUGGCAAUGGAAGCACCGGCAACUCGAACAGUAGCUUUAGCGGCGAAUUAGCCCCGGAAGAGAAUUUCUUAGGUAUCUGUAGCAGAGAACUACUAGCCAGAGGCUGUGAGCUCCUUAAACGAACUCGUAAAGGUGAUCUUCAUUGGAAAAUUGUGUCAGUUUACAUAAACAGGAUGAACCAGGUUAUGUUGAAGAUGAAGAGUAGACAUGUUGCUGGGACCAUCACAAAAAAGAAAAAGAAUGUGGUAAUGGAAGUGAUAAAGGACAUGCCGGCCUGGCCCGGCCGCCACCUGCUUGAAGGCGGUGAGAACCGGCGCUACUUUGGGCUGAAAACAAUGAUGCGAGGCGUCGUUGAAUUCGAGUGCAGAAAUCAAAGGGAGUAUGAUGUGUGGACUCAGGGAGUCUCAAGGCUGCUCUCUAUUGCUGCUGAAAGGAGUAACAAGAACAAAAUAUGAACUUUUUCUUCUGAAGGAAGGAAAGAUUGGAAAUUUUUGGCAGAAAUUGGAGGGAUAUAGGAUCCUCCGUGGUGGGGUCUGAUCAGUGUAAAAAGGGGCUAGAGAAAAAAAAGAAAAAGAAAAAGAAAAAAAAACUAAAGGCAUAGCUAUAUGGUCUAGAGAUGGGGUCUUCUUCAAUAUUGUGGAACAUAGGUAUGAAUAUGAUGAUGAUGGGGUUUUGUUUUUGCUCUUGUGUGUUAUAUUUUAGUGUGAAAUGGGAUAAAAAGUAAAGUGUAUGGGAGCCAAAGUGAAGAACACAAGCAUGUGAACUUAAGGGGAUGGUCUUUACUCUUUCACUGUUGAGGGAAAGAAAAGGGGUAUCUUGUACUGGGCUAGUCAAAAAAGAGAAAAGGGAAGAGCUCCACAUUUGGUGUUCCUUAAAGUAUUAAUAUUUUCAAGAUAAAGACAGGCACAAUACCCUGAUCCCAUGAAAGCAUUUUGUGUAAUACCAAGUGGGUUCUGAUGGUUUUUGUUCAAGGUUUUUUUGUUUAUGAUGUAGUAGCAGGAAGAGCCAUCAUUGGUUUGGACAAUGAUCUCCCCACUUUAUUAUUAUAGUAUAUGGUACUCAACAUUGUCUCUUUA